UUUUCUUCUAAUAAAGGGAUACGCGUGAUUUCCCCAUCAGAUUUCAUAACAACUGAUAAGAAAAUAGUGAUUUGUUUCGAAACUAAAUGCAUUUUUCAUUCAAUUUAUUAUGUCAUUAUGUAAAAGAUUAUUUUUUACUACUUAUUUUUUACUAGUCAACUAGAACAACUGAUAAGAAUAAUCGCAUUGAUCGCGAUGAUACCCUUAAUGUAAGAAAAUAUUACUAUUAAAAUUAUUUCAGAAAUAUUAAAUGAAUACCAGCAUAGUAAUGAGGCGUUUUAUCACAUAGAAAAGGAUCUGGAUUUAUAAACGGUUAAGGACUACACAAUACGCGAACAUUGAAAGAUAUUAUGAGCGAGAGUUUUUUUUUAACAAUUUCAUUCCUAUACAAUCUAUUUUGUAUAAAUUUUAUGCAAUUUUGUGCUUUUUAUAGGAAUGUUCGUGGUAAAAAAUAAGUAAACACAUUUAUUUAUUUUUAUUUUUUAUAAUUUAAAUAAAAUUUUACGUGUAUUCGUUAAAAUAUUCUAUCCAACGUAUCACCAGAAACGUAAUCGGUACUAAUAAAUUACAACAAUUAUCGAUAAACGCAAAGACCAUACAAAACCUACACUAUUACCAGAAUUUUAUUAUAUAGCGAGAUGAACUAUAUAUUUAAAUAGUUUUUAAUAAUAUACGAAAUAUUUAUAGUUUUUGAAACGCAAUAAAAAUACCGCAACAUUAAAGUUACCCAUUUUUCUCCUUUUAGCAUUCAUAUUCCCAUUCCAUACAUACAUCAGUCACACUACUAUGUUUCAUUGCCAUCGUUUCUUUUUAAAACCGCUACUAACACCAACUACUUUACUUAUGUUUAUACAUGUGAAUUUCGAGCUUGUUAUUUAACCAUAUUUGAGUAAACUGAAAAUAUGCAGAACUGUAUAAAGUUAUGCCGUAUUGUGCCAUUGAUUGGUAAAAGUAGUCGCGGUAUUAGCACAACAACUCCACUGGAAGGUAAACGAAAUUUUCGCAAAUUUCAAGUACCCAACAAACGGGGUACACGCAGCGUCAAAGAAGCACAAAAAACAUUAGCAAAUCCUCCAGUACCUAUUGAUAAGCGAGGUGUACGGGACACGGGCGUUACCAUUGAUGGUAGAUUUGUGGAGAUACCAGAACGUAUACCCGAAUUAAUAGUACCGGAUCUGACUGACUGCAAGUUGAAACCCUAUGUAUCAUACAAAUCACCAGAAGUAAUUCAAUCGGAGUUCACCAGUUUGGAUUUGUUCAAUGCGGUUUAUUCUAAGAAGCUAAUUGAAGAUUUCAAAGAAGGAAAACUGAAUGAUGAUGGUAGUCCUGUAAACCCUUCAAAAGAUGAACAGUUGACUGCUGAUGAAGCUUUAAUACGUGCACGUAAAACCGGUACAGAUAUAUUCUAAAGCGUAUA